AUGCAGCAGAGACAGACGAUCUCUUCGAGAGCACCGCCGCAAGAUCACCACCAUCACACCAUCAACGUACAUGACGACGACCUCCCUCCCUACCACCACCGCCGCUCCUACUUCGCCGGAGCCGCAUCCGCCACCAACUGGAUCCACGCCAUUCCCGCCGUCGUCGUUCUCUGCUUCGUCAUUCUCUGGUGGUUCUCUUCCCCAGUGGUCAUAGAGAUGAUGGAUGGACGAAUGGUAGGAACACAUCCGAUCGACUAUGAGAAUGUCAGUGUCAGUUUCAACGCUAACUUGGUCGAGCUUGCGGUCUGGGAAUCCAUGGCGCCUGAUGGCUCUCUUCCAGAUCUCAACAUUACAGCACCACCUGGACCAAGUCAAGCACUUCUGGCCGACGAUACUACACACGGAUGA